AUGUUAUUUUUAUUAAAUAUUUCAUAUUUAUUAAUAAAUCUAAUAUUAAUUCAGUUUCUAAUCAAAUCUAUCAAAACCGAAUGGCCAUUAAUAAAUUCUUCAUCCAUCAAAAUCUUAGGUCUUUUUCCAAAUCAAUUAAAUAACUCCACUCCAACAACAUUAUCAAUUCAAUGUGAAGCAAUGUUUAAAUCAGCAAUAAUUCUUUCUCAACAAAAUAAUAUCAAACUUCAACAAGAAUUUAUAAACUAUGAAAUAUUUUCAACGGAUAAUAAUCUAAUAAAUAUUCUUUCCAAUACAUGUCAAAUCAUAUCUUCAUCAAAUAUCAUUGGAAUUAUUGGACCAGCAUAUUCAAAAGAAUCACAUUUUCUUGCACCAUUUGCUGAGAAAAUAGGUCUUCCAAUCAUAUCAUACAGUUCAACUGAUCCAAAAUUAUCAAAUCAUCAAAUUUAUCCAUCAUUUUAUCGUACAAUAUCAUCAGAUAAUUUAUUUGCAUUAGCUAUUGUUCAACUUUUUCUUAAAUUCAAUUGGAAAUCAUGUAAUAUUAUUUAUCAAAAUGAUCAAUAUGGAAUCAAUGGAAUCAAUGAAAUCAAUAAAAUAUUUAAUAAUUAUAAUAUAACGAUAAUUAAUAAAAUUCUAUUUGAUGUUCUAACUGAAUCAAUUGAAAAUAAUAAUUUCAAAAAUAUUUUAUUAACAAGUUCAUCAAGAAUUGUUCUUUUAUGGACAAAUAGAAAUUAUACAAAUCUUAUUCUACAAAAUGCUAUUGAUUUAGAUAUUCUUAGUCCACAAUUUAUUUGGUUAUUAACUUCAAAUAUUUCAUUAACUUCACUCAACAAUCUAACAUCAACAUCAACAUCAACAUCAACAUCGAAUAAUAAAUUAAAUGGAUUAAUUCUUAUUGAACCAUUUAUUGAUCUAAAUAAUAUUAAUCAAACUUUAUUAAAUCAAGCCUAUGACAUUUGGAAUAAAUAUGAAUCGAAAACAUUUCCUGGAAUAAAUUAUGUUGAUUAUUAUGCAUUAUUUACAUUUGAUGCAACAUGGUUAUUAAUUCAAUCAUUAAAACAAUUAUGUUCCACUUAUUCCAACUCAUCUGCGUGUAUUCAAUUUCUGAAUAAUUCAUUUUGUUUUAAUAAAUAUUUUAUUAAUUCCAACAAAUUAUUUGAUCUCAUUAAUAAUUUAGAUUAUUUUGGUGUCACUGGCAAAAUUCAAUUUAAUCAAAAUCAAACAGAUCGAAUUGAGGGAAUAAAUUAUAUUUUAAAAAAUAUUCAAAUCAUUUCAAAUCAUUUAAAUUUUCUUCCUGUUUUAAUUUGGUCUUCGACAACAAAUUGGACAUUAUAUUCACCCACAAGUCUGAUUAUAUGGCCUGGAAAUUCUUUAAUUAUUCCAUCUGAAUAUCCAUCAUUGUCAGGAAUUAAUUUAAGAAUUGCUCUAAUUCAAACAUCACCAUUUACAAUGUUAACACAACAAAUGAAAGAAGAGACGAAUGAAACGAAAUUAAUUGGUUAUAUUCCUGAUCUUAUUGAUUUAUUAACAAAUCAAAUGGGUUUUAUUCCAAAUCUAACAUUAAUUACAAAUCAAACAUUUAAUCAAAUUAUAAAUUCAGUUUCAAAUAAUCAAUUUGAUUUAUUUAUUGCACAAACAACAAUAACAGCGAAAAGAAGUUAA